AUGCUCAAAGAGGUAAGAGGUGUGAGUAGCUGGCUGGAAGCACUGGCCGAGAGCGACGUGAAGGGCGUAGAUGAAGGAUUUGAUUCACUAGAUUCAAGUGAGGUCAAUGGCGUCGAGGGUGCCGUGUUUGCAGCUGUGGUUGACGAUAUCACACCGGAUGAUGUCACGCCAGGCGUGGGCGGCGGGCUCGAUGUACUGGCCGAGGAUGAGACGGAGGGCGUAGAUCGAGGACUCGAUGGAACUGAGAUUAAAGCUGUCGAUGAAGCUGUGUUCGCAGAUACACUGGCCGAGAGCGAGAUAGACGGCGCAGAGGGAGCUCUCGAUUCACUCGAUGGAAUUGAGGUCAAGGCUAUCGAUGAAGCUGUGUCCGCAGAUACGCUGGCCGAGAAAGAGACGGAGGGCGUAGCUGGAGCACUCGAUGCACUCGAUGGAGCUGAGGUUGAAGGUGUCGAUGAAGCAGUGUUUGCCGAUAGACUGGCCGAGAGCGAGAUGGACGGCGUAUAUGAAGCAGCACUCGAUGCACUCGAUGGAAGUGAGUUCAGAGGUGUCGAUGGAGCUGUGUUCGCAGCGGUUGUCGAUGAUAUAACGCUGGACCUUGGCGGAGAUGGCGUCUGCGGGUUUGACUGCGAUAGAAUCGACGAUGGUGCAUUUGAUGGCGACACUACGCUGAGACUGGACAACGCAGUACCCGAAGUUUGCGGAACUUGA